UCUCACACCCUCUAAUUACUGCAAAAGUGACCACCGCGACGUCCGGCAUAUACUCGGUGAACACGACUAUUGAAUCCCGACUAGCAACAUCUCUACAGUAUCAUGAGUUCCCGGUAUUCGACGUUGGGCAACGGCGCCCACCAGCGAGACUUGCGGACUCAGCUCUUCACACCCCUGGUGAAGCCUCCGUCCAGAACCGCGUCGCCAUAUGACAAAGUGGCGUCGCCACUGGCCAAGCACCAGGAGUCAUACUUGCUGCUGCUUGAAUCACAGAACAACGACGAAAUGGACAGCAUGGGCCAGAAAGUGGCCAUGCUCAAGAACUUAGGGGUCAAGAUGGGUACUGAGAUCAACAAGUCCAUCAAGUUGAACGACGAGAUCACCAACGGGUUCGAGAAGGGAAAGGUGACUUUGAAAAACACCUACAACAAGAUGGUGGUGAUGAGCCAGCGAGCAGGCAUCACCUGGCGCAUGUGGUUGGUGGUGUUCCUCCUUGUGUUUUUGUGGUUCUUCUGGGUGUGGUUGACUUGAGUGAGAGGCUCGUAAGACGAGAGGUGGGAGAUAGACGUCUCAGACUGGAGGUGGAAGAGAGACUCUACGACUAGAGGUGAGAAGAAGACUCUUUCAAGACUUCAUUUUCAGGUCAGAAGGUAACUCUUUCAACACCAAAGUUUUUGGACUCUUCUUACUACAGUUAAGGGACUUCUAACAUGUUAUUGGCCUCUUCUCAGAUUA